UGGUACGUCCGUAGACUGGAGGUCUGAAGAUGGCGGAGGUGGAUUUCGGGGAUAACGAGCUGUUUGAGCAGUUGGAGGAUGAGCCCGCUCCUCAGGCCGUUCACGUACGGUUUGACGAGGCCGAGGACAGCGAGGGGGCGUCCAGUAGCUUCCAGGAGCAGCUCGCCAGAUGCGAGGAGACCGUAGUUCAGCUGCGGGCAGAGAAUCAGGAGCUCAGGAGAAAGCUGGCCGUGCUCUCUAGGCCGAGUGGCUUAUCCGUGGAUGACAAGUUUGAUGGACCGCUAUUACAGAUCUUAUUUAUGAACCAUGUCGUUUCAAAGCAGUAUCAUCAAGAAAUUGAAGAUUUUGUUUCAAGUCUUGUCCAGAAGUAUGAAGAAGAAAAGAACGCUAAUCUUGAAAAGACAACAUUUAAUAUUAAGCCUCAGCCAUCAAGCAUUUCUUUGGAGGCCAGUGAUAGUUCUAGUGUGGAUGCCAUUAAGAAAAUUAAGGAAGCCUUUAGUGUUGUGGGAAGUGUUCUUUAUUUUACUAAUUUCUGCCUUGACAAGCUUGGGCAGCCCUUGCUGAAUGAGAACCCCCAAUUAACUGAUGGAUGGGAGAUACCAAAAUAUCCACAAGUUUUUGGUCAGAUAUUGUCUUUAGAUGGCCAAGAAGUACAAGUAAAAGCAAAAAGACCUAAACCAUGCUGCUUCAAUUGUGGUUCAGAGGAGCAUCAGCUAAAAGAUUGUCCUAAACCUCGAGAUUCUGUGCAUAUUGGCAUGAAAAGAAAGGAGUUUAUGAACUCAUGCGCUGAAUCUGGCAACCAGAACUACCAGCAGCGUUAUCAUGUCGAAGAAGUAGCAGAGAGGUUUGGACAGUUUAAACCUGGGCUUAUAAGUGAGGAGCUUCAAGAGGCUCUAGGAAUUUCUGAGCGGCAUAUUCCUCCAUUUAUAUAUCGAAUGCGUGAACUGGGUUACCCACCAGGUUGGCUGAAAGAUGCUGAGCUGGAGAAUUCUGGCCUGUCUCUUUAUGAUGGAAAAGACACUAGCGAUGGGGAGAUUGCAGAAGAAGCAUUUCUAAAGAAACAGCAGGUAUCUUAUGAUGCAUCAAAAUUAAUCAGCUUUCCAGGAUUUAAUACACCACCACCACCCGGGGUUUUAGACGACUGGAGGAAUUUGGGCUCCAUGCCAAUGCAACCAGAUCACCAAAAAGAAGUUUUUGCACAUUACUUGUCUUCUAAUUUUCCUGAUCCAAGAGAUAUUACAGUCCAGAAAAGAUCAUCAUCAUCUCAAUCAAGCUCUUUGAGAAAAAAACAAAAGACAUCUGGAAAUGGCCAUGGACAGUCACCUGUGGAUAUGGAUGUAGCGUCAGAUCUUGAUGCAUCUUACUGCUCACCUUCUCGUGGGUUUAAGUUUCAGCCUCCUCUUCCCCCUGGCUCUCCAUAUAAUACUCCACCACCACUACCUCGUGGAACCCCUCCUUCAACUCCUCCACAUUUUAUACCCCCACCUCCACCAACACCAACUCCCCCACCACUUCCAAAAGGAACACCUCCACCAACUCCUUCUAGAGGCUCCCCGCUACUUCAGUCUUCACAAGCCAAGGUGGUAGAUUCCAUGGAUGAAGACACUUUGACUUUGGAAGAGCUGGAAGAACAACAGCGUUUAAUCUGGGCAGCUCUGGAAAAUGCAGAUAGCACAAACAGCGAUUCAGAUGUUCAUACACCAUUAAAUGGUAAUUCUGUUUCCUCCUCCCCAAGCAGAGUUGAAAGGGACAGUAUCACAGAGGGGAAGAUUACUUGCCGAAAUAUUGUUAAAGCAUCAAAGUCUCCUGAUCUUCCAAUGGAAUCAGUUGGUCAAGAAUCUAAUGAAGAUGUCCCUCAGACUACUGAAGAGGAAGAAUCGUCUAACAAAGAACCCAAUGGGAAUGCUGAUGUCCAGGAGACGGUUGUUACUGAGCCCAGUGACUCUAAUGAUGAGAACAAGAAGACUUCUGUAGAAACAGAGGAGGCUACAUGUGUUGACCCGUCUUCUACCAGUACUAGAAUUCCAGAUCGGAGUAAGUUUGCGGAAGGUAUUACGCCAUUUGAAUAUGACAACAUGUCAGAGUCAACGGGCGUUUACCUUCGCCUUAGAAGCGUCUUGAAAAAUUCCCCUCGAAACCAGCAAAAAAAAUAAAUUGGGGAUGUAACAAAAUUCUUAUGUGAGGACUUUAAUUUUUAUUUUAUUUUUUCCUCUGAAAUAUUUGUAUGUCCCUUUUUGAUCAUCCAGUUUAUUGGAGGAGAGCAUUCAUAUAGAUGUACAGCAGUUUAUAUAAGCAGAAGUUAUAUGUGCAUUUUUAUCAGCUCCAUUACUGAUGAGUAUUAAGAAAACCACUGCCAGUUGGCUGGGUCUUUUUGAGGUAUUGAAUUUUGUAUAGAAGUUAAAAAGAUAUGAAACAUGCCUCCCUAAAAGAAAGUUUAAGUCUGUAAGGGAUUAUGUAGGUUUAUGAUUCUGAACUCAAAUUGCCUAUGUCGGCAAUAUAUUUUCCUUUGUUCUGAUUUUUACAUUUUACUGGGUUUUGUUAAUGUGUUCUGUUUCUUUUUUAAGGCUAGAGCAAUUUUGCUUUUUUUUAAAGGUCCACUUUUAAAUGAAAGUAGUAAUAAUUUAGAACAAAUGGAAUUGGUUUUUUUUUUUUUUUUUUUUGAAGAUGUUUCACUAAUUAUCCGACCGAUGGUGACUCGUGCUUCAGUCAGCCUAAUAUGUUUAUCAUAAUGAACAUGAGGUCAAGUAUUUCAUGGAGGGAAGAUGUUGACUGCAUUUGAAUAACUGAAUCUGUUGUGAUAAAACUGCCUUGGGAGAGGUGGGAGAUUAGUUAUCACACCCGUAAACAUUUAUUCAAGCUUGGUUUCUCAAAUGUAACAUAAAUGGCUCCUUUCACACCUCUUUUUGAACCAGUCCUAUUGUCUAUUGCCAGUUACAAUGUAGUUCUGACACCUCUAUCAAGGCAGUUUAAUCACGUCUAAUAGCGUCAGUCAUGCAAAAGCAGUCAACCUCUUACCUCCAUGCAGUCCUUGACUUUGUGUUCGUUAUAAUAGUCAGUCAGUAUUUAAUGCCAGAGAUACCUUGGACAAGUCAUUCUAAUUGAAAAAGCUAGACGCAAAACGUCUUCAAAAGAAAAUUCAUCAAGUCUAGUUGCUCUGACUUAUUACUAUUGAUACCAUGCUCUGUAUAAAUGAGACCCUUCAGACUUUUUUUAAAUUACAGUUUUCCAUUGGUUUCGGAAAAAAAAAAAAUCCCAUUUAAUUUCAGUGGCAAAUGAUGGGCUAUAGGGUGGGAAUGUCUGACUGGAAGCAAUACUGUUUAUAUAAAUGAAAUAUUUAAUUUUAGCAUUUCUUGUGUUAAAUUGGAAGGUAGGGUGGAUUUUAUUUUUCUUUUGUACAUUUAUUUUACAAUGUAUUUGAGAGGCAAGAGAUCUGUUUUAAUGUAGUGAAUGCUUUUAAACAAUCUAAAACAUUUAUUGUUUAGUUGAAAUCUGGCAAAAUGAAUCGGCAAUUAACUGUCCUAUUAUUUUUAUACCGAGAAUGUUUGUUUGAGUUUUUAAAGCCAUCUCUACCUUUUUCUAAGAUGAUAUCUCAUAAAAUUACUCUGAACCCAUCACAGCAUACAGAGGUUUAAUAAAUGGGGUUUCUAAAAUGU